AUUGGGAAAAAGUAGAAGAAAAAUUAAUAGAAUUACCAAAAAGCCCGAGUCUUUGCAGGAAAUUUGAAAUUAAGAAUGUUAGGGAUGAGUUCAUAAACCCUUAUGAUGGUUCUAUAAGUGAUGAUUUAGGAGAAUAUUUUACUCCUGAAAAAUAUUUUUAUUGGGAUUUAAUACAUUGGAGUACUAAAGUUCACGAG